AUGACUAUUAAGCUAGUUGUGGGAGGGCUGACUUUCAACAUAGUUAGUGCAUACGCACCACAAGUGGGUUUGGUCGAGGAGGACAAAAAGCGUUUCUGGGAGGAGUUAGAUGAGGUUAUGAGAGGGAUUCCACACAUCGAGAAGCUAUGUCUAGGAAGAGAUUUCAAUGGUCACAUAGAGACCACUUCAAGUGGCUAUGAUGAUGAACAUAGCGGUUUCAGCUUCUCGAAUAGAAACGAAGGAGGAGCUGCGUUUUUAGAUUUCGCUAAAGCUUUCGAUUUGGUCAUAGCUAACUCGAGCUUUCAGAAGAGGGAGGAGCACUUGGUGGGCAUAAAGGGGACUGGUGGAGGGAAUGGAGAGGAACAAGGAAAAGUGAAAGCCAAGAAGAUUGCUUAUACGGCGAUAGUGCAAAGCAUGGACGAUGAUGGUAAGCGAAAGAAUAGGGAAAAGUAUAAGACGUUGAAGAAGGAAGCAAAACUAGCAGUUACGACGGCUAAAACGACAGCUUUGAACUUGAGGGAAAAG